AUGCAGAGGAUCCUUAGAGCGCUUGCGCUGCGGAGGCUGUCGGCCUCCCCACGGGUAGCGCCGCCUAUCUUCUUCUUCUUCUUCUUCUUCUUCCUCCGCGUUUUCUAGUCGGCCUCCGUGUGUUUUUUGAAGCCGGGUUGCAGCGUCUGGUAGGCAGGUUGUUUCCCUUGCGUGGGUUCCUGUUUCCGCGGCGGUUUUCAUGGUGGCAGGCGUAGUACCUAGUGCCCUCUUUCUGGUCGAAGCGUCGGUUUCGAACGUUUGCUCCUCGUUUAAUGAUAAUGGAGCUUGCUGGUCAGUACGCAUGGGAUUCUUUGCCUUCCUGUGGGCCAUGGAAAAGAAAGCUCCUUUCUGAAUCUGGACGAAUUUAGAAACGGUCUCUGAUGUUGGCCCACGCUUCCGGAUGGUGCUCUCUUGGUUUCAGGAUGAAUACUCUAUUAGAUUCCCUAAUUUGCUUCUUUCUAUUCUCCUUUUCGUUAUCACGCAAGCAUGCCCUCGCUACUUCGUCGGAAAUUCCUGAAAAUUUUCUGUAGAUGACGUUUUGUCCAUAGAGACUUCUGGCUUUUGCUCAUUUCAACAUUCACGAGAUCAUUUAGGUGUUUUGCUGAUUAUCCUGCACUUUGCCAAUAAUAUAAUCAGGAUCGUGUUUUUGAUGGAAUUUUUUGCUACAUCAGCGUCGGAAACCUGUUUUUAUCCCUAUAUUACAAUCCUAAAUUGUCAUUCUUCUAUUUUAUUUUAUUUUUUGUUGUGUCGUUGAAUCCUUUGACUGGUUAGUUCUAGAUAACUGGUGGGAGUUAUUUUGGAUCAAUGACUGAUUAUUAUGUUGUUUCUAAUACAAACCAUCAUCAAGCAGCUCAUGGAUCUAGUCUUUAAGAAAUGUGUGAUCUUCCCAUGGUUUCAUUGUGAUGAGCCUUCUCUCACCAGGCUGUUCCUCAGGUUGCUCCUUUACAUAUACAACAAGGUAGAUCUGCUUACACAACCGACAGGAUUCAUGAUGUGGGGCAACCAACUUCUUUCUCACAUCCUCAGGUGCUAUUCCAGAUCCUUUCUACCAGAUGUUUUCAUUUCAAUGCUUUUGGAUCAAUAACGCAUACAUAUCACCUUCUUGGUUGAUAUAUUCUCUAUACUGCCUAAUCUCAUGGAUAGAAAUUUCGUCGCAAGCAUCAUAUCACACUGCAAAAAAAAAAAAAGUUAUCUUUCUAAGGAGAAUUUGUUUGCUUCAACAAUUUCCUCUUAUGAAAUGACAAGGUGGUGACAUAAACUGCGAUGCAAUUCAGCCAGGAGCCAAAGGAGAAGUGGGCUUCUAUGCUCUUAUCUAUUUCCAUGUGGUGAAAACUUAAGAGGGUUUAUGAGGGUGUUUGAAUGUCAUUUGAUAAGACUAUUCGACAACUGGGGGUCAUUGAAAUGCUUAGGUUUUUGCCAUCAAUUUGCCUUCUCUGCAGUUAUUGGAAGAAGGGGAGAUCACGGUUGGUAUCACUGAAAGUGAGUACGCCUCAAGAAGAAGCAGGCUGCUGGAUCUUCUUCCCAACAACAGCUUGGCCAUCAUUGCUGCUGCUCCAGUCAAGAUGAUGACUGAUGUGGUGCCGUACUCAUUUAGACAAGAUGCUGAUUACCUAUAUCUCACAGGCUGUCUGCAGCCUGGUGGAAUAACAGUCCUCAGUAAGGAUUUUGGAUUCUGCAUGUUUAUGCCGGAUACAGAUCCCCAUGUAAGCCUGAAACCGAGCCUCUCUUGUCCCUUAUGUAAGGUUUAUUUACUUCAUUUUUUCGGUCUAUAAAUGAUGUACAAUUGUUUUUCCAUAUUUUGUGUCUUAUAUGAAAAAUCUCAGUUAACUGCUAAUAAAAAAUUCGGCCAGAAAAUAGUUUUGGUGGACUAUUUAUUGAAAACUAGUUUGAUGAAAUGCAAUUGUCAAGGGCGCUUUUGAGAAGAUCAACAUGUUUUUGUAUGGGGGUAGGCUGGCCUGUCAUGCUUUACAGCUUUAGGGGCCAGUAACUGUACAUUAUUUUGUAAUCUUAAAUUUUUUUAUCAUCCACAGAUAUAAUCAAUUGAAUAUAUCUGCCUAUUUACUUGGAGAAACAAACUCAUUUUAUAAUCGAUAAAUGUUUCUUGUUGUCUACAUCGUAGUACAAAAAUCUUCCUGACUGUUUCCUUUUUAUUUUCUUUUUGUCUUGAUCUUGUCCUGAUUCACAUCAUGGAUUACAUGGUUUAUCUAAUCACUGGUUAUUCUGUAGGAUGUGGUUUGGCAAGGAAAGACAGCCGGGAUUGAGGCGGCCUUGGAGGUUUUCAAAGCUGAUAGAGCUUUUCCAAUGCAUAAAAUCCACGAGGUCUACACAUUCAUCAUAUUUCUAUCAUAAAAUUGAUGCCCUUGCCCCUCUUUCAUGCUUUACAGCUAUGAAUUUCCUUUAUGCCUGACCUUUUUCUUUCGUUUGCUAGCAAGUUUGAGUGACCCGUCUGUACGUCUCAAUUUUUCAGAUCCUCCCAGACAUGAUGAGGAAAUCAUCAGGAUUGCUCCAUAACGUGAAGACAGCUUUACCAUCUUACACAAGACUGGAGGCUUUCUGCACAGCCACUUCCAAUGAUGGUGUGAAAGAUAUUUCUAGCUACACUCAUGAGCUGCGGUGGAAAAAGUCUGCAUCUGAAGUUAAGUUGAUGAGGGAAUCUGCAUCGAUAGCAUGCCAGGUUUUUUUUUUUCAUUCCUGAAGCAUCACUUAUACUGCUUUAUGUUUCAUUCUAUAUAAACCUCAUUAGAGAUGAUAUACUUCUGCCAGUUCAGGUAUUCACUUAUGAAAACAUUGACGCUAUUUAUUUCUAGAUUUGUUAAUGUGAUGACUUUGUUUUGUAUUCUUUGGUUAUAUUUGUUUGUAGUUGAGCAGAAGGACAGGGGUUACAUUCGAAAUAAUCAUAGAACUAAGCUGUCCCUGUCUAGAAAUAACCGCAGGAAAAUAAAACAAACAAAGAGAAAAUGAGAAAUUGUGAUCAAAUAACCGAAAUAUAAGUGAAAAGUUGACGUACGAAUCAAAUUACUAAAUAAAAAAUAAAAUAAUGGCACAAUGAUGCUGACAACUUGGAUAAAAAAGGAAACCCAUGAGGAUGAUUGCUGAAGCCAUGGUGAUAAAUCGUUAGUGAACGAGAUUACUUAUUAUAGUCAAGCAUCAGAGAUGUGUACUUUUGCUGAGAUUCCUGCUUUUGCAGCUCCCACGUGAGCAUAGACUUGAUGACAUACAUGCCUGGUCAGGUCUGCUGUUAGGAUAAUGGAUAUAGUCCGUAAGAAUGUGGGCAUCUUUGACGACACUUGAAAUGGCUAGGGUUACCCGCUUUCGCUUCCUUUGUCUAUAAUAAAGAAGAAUAACCUUACUUUGGUCUUUCAUCUUUUACGUUGAAUCUCUUUCUUAAAUUUGUACAAAAGGCCUUGCAAUUGAUGUACUGGCUUUGUGUUCUCUAUGGUUUUUCGAUUUAUUAUGUGAGUUGUGUCUGCGGGAGGAAACAUUAGCAAAAUAGCCAAGAUCUAAUAUUUAAAUCUAGUGAUCGGUGAACAUUAUCAUUUUUACCAGUCUCUACAAUAUCGAGAAACCCGUGACCGUUUGUUAUAUAUGGCCAUUAGAAUGUUUUAUUUUGAGUUAUUUCACUGGUGGUUUCUGUGAAACACGUUAAAUAUUUUAAAGUCUCCUGAUGAAAAAUAAGUUUAUGAUAUUCUCUUGCUUUUUUCUUCUGACAUGGCAAGUGCUUUGCCAUGUUGGUAUCAUUUGAUGGUCGAUGAAUAGCUAUUUUUUAUUUCUUUAUUUAAUGAACCUUUAAUUGGUUAGCAUGUGAUCCGAUCAACGAUUCUCUUUUUUUUCUACUAUAGUCCCUGUUGCAGACCAUGAUAUUUUCAAAGACGCAUCGAGAAGAAAGCAAGUUGUCUGCCAAAUUUGAAUACGAAUGCAAAAUGAGAGGUGCACAGAGAAUGGCGUAAGAAACUUUGCCAGUAGUUAUCAUGUGGAAAUAUAUUUUUCUCCAAUUGAAUUAUGUUUACCGGGAAAACUUCAUUCUUUUGGAGAAAAAGUCUUACAGUUGUUUCUUCAGAAUAGAAAUCAUUGGGUGAGAGUAAUGAUUCAAACCCAUUCAUUUUUCUAGGUUCAAUCCUGUGGUUGGUGGUGGAGAGAAUGGAAGUGUUAUACACUACUCUCGAAAUGAUCAAAUUGUAAGAACUUUACUGUUCUAUAUAAUUAACAUGGUGUCUUCUGCUCCAUGCCAACUCAAGUGCCUGAGUUUCAACAGAUUAGAGAUGAGGAUCUUGUCUUGAUGGAUGUUGGGUGUGAGCUUCAUGGCUAUCUUAGUGAUCUAACGCGCACAUGGCCGCCCUGUGGUGCAUUUUCUUCAGAUCAGGUUACUGCCACAUACCUCUCCAUCAGCUUUCAUUGACUGUAUAAGAAUUAUUAUAAUUCAUGGAGUAUGGUUUUCAGGUGGCGUUGUAUGAACUGAUCUUGGAAACUAACAAGGAGUGUGUGAAACUCUGCAGACCAGGCAUUAGCAUUCAGCAGAUUCAUAACAUCUCGGUAUGCUUCACAAGAAAAACACUCCUAAAAAAUAUUGGGUCGAUUUUCUUAGCGAAAGGAUAUGUUUUUGGGCUUCUAAAUUUAUUAAAAGUUUCUUUAUUCUGCGGAAGUUGGAUUCUAGAUUCUAAAAAAUGUCGAACAUGGGGAAAUGAAAUUCUUGGAAUAGUUUGAAACUAGAAAUAGAUAACUAAAAUACUGUUGUUAUAUAGAUGGGUAUCUUCUAUUCAUUCCCAAUUGAUUUUUGAGUUAAUGAACAGUGUGAAAUGUGAGCUUGUGCAGGUCCAGAUGCUUUCCAAAGGUCUCAAAGAACUAGGAAUUUUAAAGGAUGGCCGAACUGCCCGCUCUUACCAUCAAUUGAAUCCAACCUCGAUAGGUGAUCUAUCAUUGUGAUGAUCAUGCUUUACAUAUAAUGUAGUAAUUUCCAUAUUUUUCAAUGUUUUUAUCCUGGACUGUUCAUUCUUUAGUAAAUUUUGACCUGGCCUGGCAUGAAAAACAUCCCAAAGAAGGGCCUCCCUAAUUUACAUAAAAUCCGGCCUGGGCCCAUUUUACUUGGCUUGUUGACAUUAUUUAUUUUAAUUUCUCUUCCAAUUUCACCUGAUAGUAAGAUUUUCUCACUGAUGAAUCAGGCCAUUACUUAGGAAUGGAUGUUCAUGAUUGUUCUUCAGUCAGCAACAGUCGGCCCCUGGAGCCUGGAGUUGUAAGCGAACACUUGAUUUUUUCAGAAAUAACGAUUUACUUUACAUUAGUUUCGUAUCUAUCUAUCUUUCUUUAAAAUAUCCAUUGGAAAUCCGACUUGGGCAGGUGAUAACAAUCGAGCCUGGUGUUUAUAUCCCGCUGUCCUCAGGCGUGCCUGAGAGGUGCUUCUGGGGUUUCCUUCAAAUGCAUGCACUCCAAAAGGGGGGAAAUUUUUCUAUUUUUAAAAAUAUUUAAUUUUUGGAUUUAUAGGUAUCGGGGAAUUGGUAUCAGGAUUGAGGACGAGGUCCUCAUUACAGACAUUGGACAUGAGGUAAUCUUAGCAAACCACGGUCUUAAUUAUCAGAUUCUCAUUAUUGACUCCGGGCCUGUGCUCUUAAUCUGGAUCAUCUUGUCACUUUAUUGGACUAGUUAUUAUACAUAUUAUUAUAAUCUUGCCAUAUUGAAAAUAAGAAAAAAACCAUGAUUACAGAAAUAUUUCUACUCUUUGAUCAAUUAGUUAUGAUUUGGUAAUCUUAGCAAACCACGGUCUUAAUUAUAAGAUUCUCAUUAUUGACUCCAGGCCUGUGCUCUUAAUCUGGAUCAUCUUGUUCCUUUAUUGGCCUAGUUAUCAUGCAUAUUAUUAUAAUAUUAUCAUAUUGAAAAUAAGAAAAAAAAUGAUGAUCACAGAAAUAAUUUCUACUCUUUUAUCAUUUAGUUAUGAUUUGGUAAUCUUAGGACACGACGGUUUUAAUUAUAAGAUUCUCAUUAUUGAUUCCGGGCCUGUGCUCGUAAUCUAGAUCAUCUUGUACCUUUAUUGACCUAGUUAUCAUGCAUAUUAUUACAAUCUUACCAUAUUGAAAAUAAGAAAAAAACCAUGAUUACAGAAAUAAUUUCUACUCUUUGAUCAAUUAGUUAUGAUUUGGAUGAUCGACUGUAGCACACACACACAUUUGCCUAAAUAUAUCUCUAGAUGGGGGCUAUAAACUGUUUUUAAUGAUCUUCAUUCCAUGUUAAUAUAAUUAACCCGCAUAUGAUAGAACAGUGCCACAUUACAAAUAAUAAAUUAAAAUUCCAUAGCUGUUUAGAUCAGUCUGCUUGUAUUCGUUCAUCAACUAGUUCUGAAUCAAACGAUGCAAUACUACGGCUCAUAUACUCUCUUAGUAUACAGUUAUAAAACCCUAAUCGACAUUGUAUAUGAAAUAAUCUUGUUUUUCUGGACAUUUUUUGCUCAAUCUGAUAAUAAUUUCGAAAACUCACAUUAGAUUAGUUUUGAACUAUAUGGUAUAAUAUUUUAAUACAUUAUCUUAUGAGUGGUUUUAUUUCAUGAACAGGUACUUACAGGGUCGAUGCCCAAAGAGAUCUCGCAUAUCAAAUACAUCCUUAAUCUUGAGAAUAAGCCCAUGGAAGAAGCUGAUGACUUGAGAGAGCUGAAAUCAGCAGAGCUUGAGUAA